GCCCAAUCAAUUGCGUUGGUUAUGAAUGGCCCAUGGAAGCCCACUAUUGCUGCUCCCGUGCUCCCUAUAAAUAGCUAGGGUUUUACGCCACUUCCCCCAUCUCCGCCGCCGCCGCCCCACUCUCCAACCCUAGCCGAGAGGAGCAGACCAAGCAAUGGGGAAGGGUACGGGCAGCUUCGGCAAGCGCCGGAACAAGACGCACACGCUCUGCGUCCGCUGCGGCCGCCGCAGCUUCCACCUCCAGAAGAGCACCUGCUCCUCCUGCGGCUACCCCGCCGCCCGCAUCCGCAAGUACAACUGGAGCGUGAAGGCCAUUAGGCGCAAGACCACAGGAACUGGAAGGAUGAGGUACAUGCGACAUGUGCCUAGGAGGUUCAAGAGCAACUUCAGAGAAGGUACUGAGGCUACCCCAAGGAAGAGAGCUGCCGCAGCCAACUAGAUCCUGUUUUGCUGUCAAAGCAGCUAUGAAACUAGAAUUUAAGAACUUUUGCCUGGAUUGAGCCAUCUUUCCUAUAGUAUGAUGUACUUAUCUUGUUUUAUUUGUUAUGAUGCUUUAAAACUUGACCUCUGAAAUUUCAGUCAGUUGAACCUCUCGUAUUUUUGUUUCAUACAAUGUUCAUGAUUCUCUUAGCGUCCAUGGUAACGGUGGUGUUUUAUUUUGUUC